AUGUCAGAAGACCUCGACAACCUCACUGAAGCCGAGCUGAAGGUCAAGUUGGCUCAAAUAGUCGAGGAAACAUCUGUGGAUGAUAUUACAGUAUGUUUUUUACAAUUUAAGUUACUGUAGUUUGAUUAGCUUUUUGCCGAAUUACCGUACUUUUCAGCAACUUUUGGCCGAAAAACUUGUCCAACCUCGAAUAUGGGAUACUGUAACAAAGUACCUGUGUCUACAAAGAAUUUACAAGCCGGAACCAGUCCAGUCCAAACGAAUUUCGUAUAAAGUUGCGCAGGUUGUGCGCAACUUUGGUCAAGAAAAGUUGCGGCAGGCUUUUCGGCAACUUCUGCAACUUGUCAGCGACAAUUUUAAUGGAAGCUUUGAUGAAAUGUACCAAAAGAUUGGUACUAUAGUGGAUUUUGCUUGCUUAGUGGAGUAAGUUGUACAGUUGUACUAACUAUCCCCCCCCCCUCUCUUCCUACCUGUUACCCCUACCUUUACCUCUGCCUCUUUCCUGUUUUUACUGGUACUAGUGGUACCUCUAUUCCUACUCUACCUUGCCCUACUAAUUUUUUGAAAUUCUAGUCCAGGAUCACUUGACAAUGAUAUCACUAUGCUAGAACCCUUUAUACAUAUCUUACACAUUGAUCAGAGCACAUCAGGUGAGUCAGCCAGCUUUAAUAUGACGCUCAUGGACCUUUCUAUCUAAUUUUUGACCGAAAAAAAAAUUUUUAUUUUUCUACAAACUUUAUGACCGAACCUCAACCGCGUCAAAAAGAAUUGGUCGUUUUUGCUAUAUGAAUACAUUGGAAAUCGACCAAUUCUUUUUGACGCGGUUAGUAAUAUUGUUGAAUCUUGGUCAAAAAGUUUGUAGAACAAUUGAAAAUUGUAUAAUAUGUUUGUUUGGCUUUUUCCUAUCUACUUUGUGACUAAUCAAGCUAUAUUUUGUUUUUCUAUGAAUUUUAUGACCAAAAAAAUUGAGUGUUUCUAAAAAAUUUUAUGUCUCGGUCAAAAAGUUUGUAGGAAAAUUGAAAAAUGGUUUAAGCUAGAGCUGUUGAACUAUUCUAUCUAAUUCUUGCUCAACCUAAGCAAAUUUUAUUUUUCUGCAAACUUUAUGACCAAAAAACCUGGUCGCGUCCGAAAGUGUUAUAACUCGGUCAAAAAGUUUAUAGAAAUUUAAAAAAUAGUCUCAAAAGAUGCCCCAAGGUAUAUUCUAUCUAUUUCUUGCCAAACGUAGUUAAAUUUCAUUUUUCCACAAACUUUAUGACCAAAAACCUCGAUUGCGUCAAAAAGAAUUGAUCGUUUUUGCUAAAUAAAUACAUUGAAAAAGGACCAAUUCUUUUUGGCGCGGCUGGGAAAACAUGGAUUUUAAGUGCGUUUUACGUAAAAAUUUAAAAAUAUUAUGGCACUAUAUUGUAGUGAGGUAUUAGAUGUGUAUUGUAUGACAUUUUAGACACAAGAUCCCAACGAUUGGCACUGAAAUUCGCUGCUUUUUUGGCCAAUUUUUGCUUUAAAAACGAGGAAAAUGGUCUAAAAAUGGGUUAUGAAGAGGAAGAAGAAGACGAUUUGGUCUCUCAACUCUUCAAUAAUUUAGAUAUUAAUAUGAAAAAUGAUGAAAAGGAUUCAGAAGAGUCAGAAGACAAGGGUGGUGUCACGGUAAGAACAGAGGAUCGAGUGGAAAUUAAGUUUCUGCGGUUUCUUUGGGGAAUUUUGGGGAAAAUGGGCAAAAUUUGGGCUUUGCAGCCUGCGGGGGACAUGUUAUACGAUGAUGGGUGUGGAGCAGAGUGUGGCAUGGGUAGGGUAGGGUAGGAUAGGGUAGGGUAAGGUGGAGUUGGGUAGGGUAGGGUAGGAUAGAGCAGGGUAGGGUAGGGUUGGAUAGGGUAAAGUAUGGUAUGGUAGAAUAAAGUAGGGCAGGGUAUGUUAGAGGGUGAUUAUGUCUUAUAAACAAAGUUCUUUCAGAUUGACGAAGACGAAUUGGUACUACUGGUACAGAAGGAUGGUCCCCGUUCUCUGAAAGACUUUUUGAAUUUCUGGACGGAAAAAGAAAAAAUGGAAAAAACUUUUAUGGCCUUAAAGACUUUUCCGAAAUUUGCAUAUUGUAAUAGAAGUGCAAUAAAGGCUCAGAGCUCUCAGUUGAUCAAAACCUUGUAUAUUAUUGGUAAUGUGCAUAAUAUACGGAAUUUUAAUGUAAGUUAUAGCUUUUUUUAAAAUUUUCAGGCAAUUGGUAAGCUAGGGUAGGGCAUUUUUUUAUAAUGUAAAUUUGGGUCCUACCACGAAAACCCUGUCAAUCAGGCUGAAUUGAGGAAAAGCUUUAUCUUGUAAAAUUUAGGCUUGCUUUAUACUAAAAAUGGCACUGAAAUGCUAAAAAUGACAUGAAAAUCGUUUUUAGAACAAUUUUGGGUCCUACCACGAAAACCCUGAAAAUCAGGGAAACUUCACAAAAACGGCCGAAAAGGCACUGUAAUUAAAAUACUUUACUCUAUAAACUUAGUUUUGGCUUUUUCAAUUUGCUAUAGUUAUGUAAAAUGUCAUCUUUUUAGGAUAUAGUAUCAAAAUGCUUAGUACAAGUACUCUACUCCGAUCUCAACGCCGUACCUGAACUUUUAGCCAAAUUGGAUCAAGAAAGGGUGAUGACAAAGCGAAUUCAGGUUAUAAAGGUUGUCAAUGAUCUCAUGGAUAUGGUUUUACACCAACCGGUAUGUUUUGUAGUGUGCAGUUUUUGGCGGGAAAUUUGAAAUUUAAAUUUUUUGAGGUUUUUGAAAAAAAAUGAAUUUUUUUGAUAUUUUUUAAUGAAAACUAAGGUCAAAAAGUUCAUAGAAAGCAUUAUUUUAUUAAUUAAAAGUUUUUUUAUAAGCCGCGUCAAAAAGAAUUGAUCACUUUUACUAUAUAAAUACAUUGAAAAACGACCAAUUCUUUUUGACGCGGCUGUGUUUUUAAAUUUUUUGUAACAAUUAUGACAUUCUUAAAUGACAUUGCAUGACAAAAAUGUUUUUAGAGACCUUAGCCUAUCAUAAUAUACUAAUAAACACCACUUUCACCUCAUACAUAACAUAAAAAAUGACAUUUUAGGAUCACAUUCAGCCUCCAAAACCCCAAACUCGGCCGAAGAAAGAGUUGGGAAAAGUGGUUCGAAAGAGUAAAUCACUACAAAAAACGCAUGUUACAGUACCCAAAGCUGCUGUAGAUUGUAUGACAUGGAUUAUGGUACCCUUUUUUAAUCAGUGCAGGAGGAUGGAGCUGGGUAGUACGACUGAUCCCAACUUUGUGGCGGUUUUAAUUAACUUUUUGAAAAAUUCAAUUGAUUGGAGGCCUGUGGGGCUGCUCAAGGUAGUACAGUAGGUUUUUGAAGUUUGGAAGUUACUUUUUUGGGUUGGGUAAGGUAAUGUAGAGUACGGUAUUGUAAGGUAAUAUAGGGUACGGUAGGGUAAGGUAGGGUAGGGUCGGGUAGUGUUGGAUAUGGUAGAUUAGGGUACGGUAGGGUAGGAUAGGAUACGGUAGGGCAGGGUAAAGUAGGGCAAGGUAAUGUUUCUCAAUUUCAGUGACUACUUCUACCUCCUGAAGGCCAUUCGUACCACCAGUACCGACUGGAGUAACAAAAUUCAAGUCAUUCGUUUAUAUGUUACCUUAAGGCAAUUUGCGGUUGAAAAUGAAAUCCUGGACGAAGUCAAGGACGAACUGACCGAUUGUGCCAAUUUUAUUCAAAUUUUGUCGGCCGAAGCGGUCAAGACUGCCGAUAAGAAUGUGAAGGUAUACCUAGAUGAACUCGAACACAACAUACGGUUACUGGUCGGGGAUUAUACGACGGAGUGUAGCAGAUUGAGGUGA